AUGCCAUUGACAGGCCUGUUCAUCGUUACAGUCGGUCCGGGCCAGUCUUCUCCGUCCGGUGCUCUCAUCUCGCACAUCUCUCGAUCGUUCCCCGCCCAGCCUCUGCCCACAUUUUCUCUUGACCAUCGGCUCUUCAUCGACACAUCCUCCUUGCUUCCCAGCUCGAAUGCCUCUCUUCGCAAGUCGACAAGUAUCUUGACCAUCUCACACACUCCGGCGACGACAUACGUGGCCACUACAUCUCCUGCAUCGCAGUCGAAAGAGCAACCUGCGGUGGCGCCGUCACCCACCCUGAUUACGAUCCCGUCCACAUCGGCCGACUCGUUCACCCAACUGAUAGGGACCAAGUUCCAGCCACUAUGGACACAUCGACAGUCGCUGGUAAUUGAAAAUGGAACAGCUCUGUCUUUUCUAGAUGCAGAGUGGAUAAUCCGGAUUGGGGACCUGAAGACCCCUCCUCGUGCAAACCAGGCGGGGUCCAAUCUCAGAGGCAUGCUGGUCGAGGUAUCGCACAUCGAGGACGACGGCAACAUGCGGAGCAAGGGUUCGGGUGAUGUGCAAAAAGAUGGCCUUGACGUAGACAAGGAGGACGAGGCCCUCCUACGUGGUUUCCUCGACUCGGUCACCAACGGAAGCGGCGUACCCUCUAUCACCAGCUCAGAUUCCAACCGAUUUCUGAUUCGUCGCACGAAGGUUCGUGAGAUGGACAAAGGAGCUGCUUCGCCUACGGCCAAUUUUGAAGUAGCAAGCUUAUACCUGGACUUCCUUCGAGGCUCGAGAGGCUAA